UAAUCCAAAUUCACUCUCAUUUCCUGAUGCUACACCUACAAUUUGUGAUUCAUUUUUUUUUAUUUUUGGUGGAUAAAAUUAAUACUAUUCGUUCUUGUAUCCCCAAGUUUGAUAUGAACGCACCUGCUAAUGACCCAUGUUCGGCCUGCUUAACUGAGUUUGAGCCUAUUUCUUCUACAUUUCUUGUAGAGAUUUUCAAUAAAAUGAAGCUUUCUUCUUGCUCCUUGGAUGUGGUGCCUCCACGUCUUUUUAGGGAAGUGUUAUGUGUACUUGAACCUUUUGUUUUAACCAUUAUAAAUAGCAGCCUAUCCCAAGGUACUGUUCCAUCAAUUCUGGAACACACAGUAGUGAAUCCACUCCGCAAAAAGGCCAGUUCAGAUCCUUAUAUUUUAGAUAACUAUAGUCCAAUUUCAAAAUUACCAUUUUUAUCAAAAGUAAUGGAAAAGGCUGUUUUCCAUCAAUUGAUGGUAUUUUUAAGUGAGAAUAAUUUGUUAGACAAAUUUCAGUCUGGUUUCAGACAACAUUACAGUACAGAGUCAGCUUUGCUGAAGGUGUUGAAUGAUCUUUUGCUUGCUGUGGAUUCGGGUAACUGUGCAGUUUUGUUCCUUCUGAACCUCAGUGCUGCAUUUGAUACAAUUGAUCAUGCUAUCUUGCUUGAGCGGUUGAGUAAUUGCGUAGGAAUUCAAGGUACAGCAUUGAAUUGGUUUACAUCGUAUCUUUCUGAUAGAACAUUUUCUGUGGAGAUUGGGAAUUUUUCUUCCUCUUCUGUACCAUUAACUUGUGGCGUACCUCAGGGGUCUAUUUUGGGCCCGCUGUUGUUUUCGCUGUAUUUGCUCCGUUUAGGAUCGAUUUUUUCGAAAGCACAAUAUUCCAUAUCACUUUUAUGCGGAUGAUACACAGGUGUAUCUCCCUUUAAAAAAUGGGGAUAAUUAUGACAUAAAGUCUUUGUUGAACUGUCUCGAGGAGGUAAGAGGCUGGCAGCUAAUUUUUUAACACUGAAUGACUCUAAAACCGAAAUUGUAGUUUUUGGAUCACCAGCUUCUAAUAUACAGAUUAAAAAACAACUGGGUCCUUUAAGUGAGAAUUCUCAUGCUUAUUCCAAAAAUCUGGGAGUGAUUUUUGAUAACGGCCUUAAAUUUGACAAACAAUUUAACUCAGUGGUGAGGAGUAGCUUUUAUUAUCUAUUGCGAAAUUAAAAGCAUUUUUAACAGUAAAAGAUUUGGAGACAGUGAUUCACGCCUUUAUUUCAUCCAGGCUGGAUUACUGUAACUCGCUGUACCUUGGGGUGGCUAAGUCUUCCUUAUCCCGCCUACAAAUGGUACAAAACUCUGCCACCAGGCUUCUUACUGGUACUUGAAAGAGGGAACAUAUUUAACUUGUUCUUGCUUCGCUUUACUGGUUGCCGGUUGAAUACCGUGUCAAGUUCAAGGUAUUGUUGUAUGUGUUUAAGGGGUUAUAUGGCCAAGCUCCUCAAUACAUUACAGACCUUCUCCAGCAGAAAUGUUCUAGAUCCUUAAGGUCCUCAAACAAGUUGAUGCUCACUGUGCCACGAUCUAGACUGAAAUUAAAAGGUGAUCAUGCCUUUUCUGUUGCUGCUCCGCGUCUUUGGAAUGAUUUGCCGGAACACCUAAGGUUGUCUUCCACUGUUGAUAGUUUUAAAUCUUCACUAAAGACUUAUUUUUUCUCUUUGGCUUUUGGUUAAAUGUAAUUUUAUGAUGGGUUUUUAUGAUGGGUUACGAUGUGUUUGUGUCUGCUGAUGUAUUUAUGUAUUUUAUAUUGUCUGAAUUGAUUGUACAGCACUUUGGUCAGCAGUGGCUGUUUAAAAUCUGCUCUAUAAAUAAAAGUGCCUUGCCUUGCCUUGCACUCAGCAGCAUGUGUGCUGAACAUGCAAAAUUUUGCUCUCUGUAGGCUAUGCUUGCAGUGCAGAUAGCAACAAGAAUUAUUUGAAACACAUAAAAGAUUUAAAUAAGAUAAUAUUGACAAUGAACAUUAUAUGACAUUUAAAAAUAGUUUUGGAGAUUUGUCCUACAGUCCACCAGUGCCCAUUUCUUACCCGCACAGCAAAUACUGGCUAAAUCUCUACAAUUUUCAUUUCUAAAAUAUUAUAAUUCAAUAAGUCUGAAACAGAUCACAGCAGUAGACCUUUAUCAGUCAUCAGCAAUGUUUAAUUUAAUAUGAAGCUUCCAUAACGGUCAUGACCGUAACACAUUAUUAUGGUUGAUAAAUCUACCCUUACUAAAAUGAACCAUGGUUUUAUUUCAGUAAAAGUGUAGUAGCCAUGUUUUUUUUUUUUUUUUUUUUUAUUAAAUUACCGUUUGUAUAACCACAGUUUUACUACAAAUACCAUAGUUAAACUAUAGUUAGACUGGCAAAACCAUGGUUAUUUGUGGUCACUAUGGUAUAGCUGCCUGCUGUCAGAGAGUGAAUGUGUGCUUUCAUUCAUCACCAUUCUGCCAUGCUCUUCUCAUGUGUGCUUGUUUACAUAAGUGUGCAUGUUCUUUAGAUGCAGCUUACAGUUGUGUUGUGCAUUGUGACCAGUUAAUGAGUAAAGUAUUUUUUAAAUGCAUUCACAAAAUCGGAAUAAUUUGUAAUAAAUAAUUAUUUAUUAUUUAAUAAUUAUGGAUUUAAAAUUUAACUUAGUUUCAAAAGGAGCAAAUAUGGAUCAGAUAAAUUUUGAUUAAUGUCAGGUUAUAUUUCACACACUUUUAAAACAAUUCUCUAAUUUCUCCUGCUGGUGGUACAGCGAUGAACCCUUCUUACUGCUAAGUUGGUGACUGUUACCAUUACUGAGGUGAGUUAUUCAAUCUUAAAACAAAAACACACCCAUCACAGCUUGACAUGCCAUGACCUGCAUAAACACACCCUCUGUAGGAAAAAAACACAUACCAUCAGCAGAACAAGAAAAGCACAGGGCAAAAUGGUGUUUUUUGAGAUCGCCUUUGAAAACAUCACGUCACACACAAAAGGACAAUGCUAACUUAAAAAUGAGUCUCUGUGAGGGGAGAAAAGAGGAGGAGGAUGUUGUUCACUACCAGAACCAGAGAGCAUCAUCUCCGGAGCCCAGCUGUGUGUCUUUGAAGAGUGAGGAAUCCAUAGGGCAGCCUCCUAAUCUGUGUGAUGGAGCUGUGACCUUUAACCCUAGAGAUGAUCAGACAAGAGAGCUGUUGCAAAAUUUUCAUGAACCAGAUGAUGGUAAACUACAGAGAGUCAAAGACCAUCACAAAACCAGCAUGAAGGACAAGUAUGAGAGCUUAGUCGAGGGAAGCAAAUUACAAGAGACUCGAACCCUCCUGAACAGGAUCUACACACAACUCUACAUCAUUCAGGGAGAGCGUGAAGGAGUGAAUGAAGAACAUGAGGUUUUACAGAUGGAGAAAACAGCCAGAACACAAGAUACACAAAACACUUCAAUCAACUGCAAUGACAUAUUUAAAGCCUCACCUGAACCAGGCUGUGCGGAGAAAGACCAAAUCAAGACUUGUCUUACUAAAGGCAUCGCUGGAAUUGGAAAAACGGUCUCUGUGCAGAAGUUCAUUCUGGACUGGGCUGAAGGAAAAGCCAACCAGGAUGUAGAUUUCAUGUUUGUGCUUCCAUUUCGAGAGCUGAACUUGAUCCGAGAUCAUCAGUACAGUCUUCAGAAACUUCUGCUGGACUUUCAUCCUGAACUUCAAGAUCUGGACUCACAGAUUUAUGAGGAGUGUAAAGUUGUGUUCAUCUUUGAUGGUCUGGAUGAAAGUAGAAUUUCACUGAUGUUUUCAGACACUCAGAAAAUUUGGGAUGUCACUGAGACUUCAUCAGUGGCUGUGUUGAUGUCAAAGCUCAUGAAAAGAGACCUGCUUCCCUCUGCUCUCAUCUGGAUCACCUCCAGACCAGCAGCAGCCAAUCAGAUCCCCUCCAAAUACAUCAACCGUCUGACAGAAAUACAAGGAUUCAAUGAUCCUCAGAAGGAGGAAUAUUUCAGGAAGAGAAUAAGUGACCAGCAUCAAGCCAGCAGAAUCAUCUCACACAUCAGAAGAGCAAAAAGCCUCCACAUCAUGUGUCACAUCCCCGUCUUCUGCUGGAUCUCAUCCACUGUGCUUCACAAGCUCCUGGAAGAAGAUCUGAGUGCAGAAAUCCCUCAAACUCUGACUGAAAUGUACAUCCACUUCCUGCUGAUUCAGAUCAACAUGAAGAAUCAGAAGUAUGAAGAGAGAGAUCCAGAGAAACUCCUGCAGUCCAACCAAGAAGUGAUUGUGAAACUUGCUGAAGUGGCUUUCAAUCAGCUGAUGAAGGGCAAUGUGAUGUUCUAUGAGGAGGACCUGAUUGAGAGUGGCAUAGACCUGACUGAUGCCUCAGUGUAUUCUGGGAUUUGCACUGAGAUCUUUAAGGAGGAAUCUAUUAUUAAUCAGAGGAAAGUCUACAGCUUCAUACAUCUGAGCUUUCAGGAGUUUCUAGCUGCUUUCUAUGUGUUUUACUCAUAUGUAGUAAAGAACCAUGAAUUUCUAAAAUUGUGGGCUGAAAAUUAUAAAUAUGCUCACGAAUGUGGAUAUAAUAAGCAGAUGUUUGAUGAAUUAUCUCUGUAUGGGUUACUAACAACAGCAGUUGAUCAAACACUUCUGAGUGAAAAUGGGCACUUGGAUCUUUUUUUGAGGUUCCUGCUGGGUAUUUCAUUGGAGUCCAAUCAAAAACUCUUACAGGAUCUACUGACAGACACAGAAAACAGCUCAGAGACCAUAAGAGAAACCACACAGUACAUUAAAGAUGAAAUCAAGACAAAUGACAGUCUCUCCGCUGACAGAUCCAUCAAUCUGUUUCUCUGUCUGCUGGAAGUGAAAGAUCAGACUCUGUACCAAGAGAUUCAGGACUUUGUUAAAUCAGACAAACACUCAGAGAAGAAACUGUCUCCAGCUCACUGCUCAGCAAUAGCCUACAUGCUUCAGAUGUCAGAUGAGGUGCUGGAUGAGAUGGAUCUUAUGAAAUACAACACGUCAGAUGAGGGAAGGAGGAGACUAAUACCAGCAGUGAUAAACUGCAGAAAAGCUCUACUUGCUGGAUGUGGUCUCUCUGGUCAGCAUUGUGAAAGUUUGUCUUCAGCUCUCCAACCAUCAAACUCCUGUUUGAGAGAGCUUGACCUCAGUAACAAUGACUUGCGGGAUUCUGGAGUGAAGCUACUCUCUGCUGCACUAAAGAGUUCAUAUUGUCAACUGAACAUACUAAGACUUAAUGGAUGUGGUCUCUCUGAUCGACACUGUGAAGGGUUGUCUUCAGCUCUACAAUCAUCAAAUUCCCGUCUGACAGAGCUGGAUCUGAGUAAUAAUGAUUUGCAGGAUUCGGGAGUGAAGAUGCUUUCUGCUGGACUAAAGAGUUCACACUGUCAACUGAACACUCUGAGAUUGGUCAUCUGUAAUCUCACUGGUAAGUGCUGUGAGAGUUUGUCUUCAGUUCUACAAUCAUCAAACUCUUGUCUGAGAGAUCUCGACCUCAGUAACAAUGACCUGCAAGAUUCUGGAGUAAAGCUGCUCUCUGUUGGACUGAAGAGUUCAUAUUGUCAACUAAACAUACUGAGGCUGUCUGGCUGUAUGGUGACAGAGGAAGGCUGUGGUUGUUUGUCUUCAGCUCUGACUUCAAACCCCUCACACCUGAGAGAACUGGAUCUGAGCUACAAUCACCCAGGAGAGUCAGGAGUCAAGCUGCUGUCUGAGAUACUCAGCCAUCCAAACUGCACACUAGACAAACUCAAUGUGGAUCAUGGAGGAGAUUUCAGGAUUACAGCAGGACUACACAAAUAUGCCUGUGAUCUCACACUGGAUCUAAACACAGCAAACAAUCAUCUCAUUGUGUCAGAGGAGAACAAAAAGGUGAUACAUGUGAAAGAGGAUCAGUUAUAUUCUGAUCAUCCAGAGAGAUUUGAUGAGUGUAGUCAGAUUCUGUGUCGAGAGAGUCUGUCUGGACGAUGUUACUGGGAGGCUGAAUGGAGUGGACAUGAUGCUGAUAUGUCGGUCACAUAUAAAUGUAUAAGCAGGAAAGGAGGGAGUGAUGAUUGUUGGUUUGGAUCCAAUAAAAAUUCUUGGAGUCUAAUCUGCUCUGAUUUUGGUUUUACUGUUCGUCACAAUAAGAAGUUCACUGUCUUACAUGUCCCUUUGCGCUCCUCUAAGAGAGUAGGAGUGUAUGUUGACAUGUCGGCUGGCACUCUGUCCUUCUACAGCAUCUCUGACACACUCACACACUUACACACAUUCAGCUCUACAUUCACUGAACCUCUCUAUGCUGGAUUUGUAGUUUGUGAAGGUUCCUCUGUAUCUUUGUGACAUCCUGUGUAAAGCCUGUGAUCUGAAAACCUGCCUAAAAAUAAAUUCUCUCACUUUA